AAACCAAUAGAUGAUUCCAUGGCAGUUGGCAGUCCUGAUAGCAGGCUGGCCCUGAUAGAUACAGAAGUGGUGAAGGGUGGGAGUUAUCUAUCUUCUCUGUUUUACAGGCUGCUUCAGAUUCUGCUGCCACCAAUGCCUCAGCAACCACUGAAAAUUCAGAUAUCGCCCUUCCUGUAACUAACCAAAUCAAGGAAGACACCUACAAAAUACUGGUGGCGUUUCCAGCUAGAAAUUUUCACUCACAAUGGUGCAAAUUUCACAUAGAAGUAUCCAGGGUAUGAACACACUUUUCUCCUCCUGGGCCAUAGUCUUAUUGGUGAUGGGAAUCGCCAUAGAGGAAUGGGUUGAAUUGAUUCCGGAAGACGAAAGAGCCAAGAUGAACCACAGUCCAUGGAUGAGGUGUUGCAAUGCUCUUUGGCCAGAAGAUGACCUAAGAGUGGUCAGGAUUAUGAUGAUGUCAAGCCUUGGCCUUUCCUUCCUCCUUAAUUUGAUCCUGGGUAUGAAAUUAACCUAUCUGAUUCCUCAAAACAAAUAUAUACACCUCUUCACUACCAUCCUCAGUUUCUUAUCAGGUAUCCUUCUCCUCUGGGCACUCGUAUUAUAUCACAACAAGCUGAAGCAAGGUCAAUCUGUCCACUUCUCUAGUUACAAUAUCAACUGGAUCAUGUACACUGCCUACUUAAACAUUUUCUUUCUUUUUGUCUGUGGAAUCUUCUCUCUACUAGAGUACCAGUUGUCUACUGGUUGCUGUACCUGGCUGAACAUCCAUAAAUCUGACAAUGAAUGUAAGGAAUCUGAGAAUUGUAUCAAAGGUAUUUCAUUACCAGAACACGCUGCAAUGCCUCAUGGCAUUGUCCGUUCACACACUGUGAAUUCAAAGGAAGGAACUCUAAACAAACAAACACGUCGCGUAACCUGGGCUCUGUGAUUUGGCCAUCUAUUUCUUGCAGUAUAUGCUCAUCUUUAUGGAAAAAACUUUGUGGGUGUGUGCUAUGUCUCCAACUAUGUUGCCUCUAUUUGACGUCUUGGUCGGGGUUUGUAAAAAGAUCGGGAAGAUGGCUUUUUAAAUAAAUCCUGGCGUGCUGAACAGUUUCUUCUGCAACAUUUGUUGUUAAUAUAAUAAAUAUUAUCAUAUAAAUAAUA